AUUUGAGUCUGCCCUAUUGGACAGUUCUUGUUAAACUUCUGAAAUGUUAUUAUCAUCAAAAUGUUAUAAAAUCCACCGAAAAUCUACUCAGUAUGAAUGUAAGAGAAAAGCGAAUAAAUGCGAAUGAGAGAUUGUGUUGAAGUUUUAGUUCCUCUGCGAGUGUGAAAGUGUUCGGAUCAAAAAUAAAAUAAAAUUUUGCAAAAUUAUUUCAUCUUUAAAAAAUAAGAUUUGAAAAUGUCAAGUCAUGAACAUCCACAUGGUAGGCCUGAAAAUGUCUUAGGAUUUACGGAAGAUAGCAAAGUUUUUAUUCAUGAUGCACCAUUAAAGGACAUGUUCCUUCAUCCAGAUGUUAAGCAUCGUAAAAUUGUCGCAUUUUCAAUCAUUGGAGCUUAUCGGAAAGGAAAAAGUUUCUUCUUGGAUUACUGUCUGCGAUACUUGUAUGCUCAUUAUCCAUCAAUUAAAUACCCAAAUAAUCCUGUAUCGGAUCAAGAUGAAUGGCUUGGUGAUGAAGAUGAACCACUUGUUGGAUUCUCUUGGAGAUCAGGAUCUGAUCGUGACACAACAGGCAUCGUUAUGUGGAAUGAUAUUUUUCUGCAUACAAUGGAAGACACUGGAGAAAAAAUAGCAAUUCUCGUUAUGGACACGCAAGGUCUUUUUGAUAAUCGAACCUCACCAAUGGACAAUUCGAAAAUAUUUGCUCUCGGAACUUUGAUUUCAUCAAUUCAGGUUUUAAACUUGGUUGGAGUUGUGCAGGAAGAUCAGUUGCAGUAUUUGCAGUUUGCGACAGAAUUUGCUAAAUACGCUGCAUCCAGUAGUCAAGGAAUGGCUGGAAAAUGCUUUCAAAGCUUGAUGUUCUUGAUUAGAGAUUGGGAUAAUCCCGAUGAACUCUAUUACGGAAUCGAAGGUGGAAAAAAAUAUUUGCUCAGCUUCCUGGAAAUAAAAAGCGAACAAAAGAAGGAACUAAAAUCCGUACGAGAGUUUGUGCAUAGCUCAUUUGAAGAACUAAGUUGCUCAUUGCUGCCUCAUCCAGGAAAAUUUGUUACCGGUGCCAGAAAACUGGAUGGUGAAAAGUUUAAUGGAUGUCAUAAAGGAAUGGAUCAUGAGUUCAAAGAUGAGCUAAUCUUUCUCAUUCAGUAUUUACUAAAACCAGAUCGACUAAUUCUCAAAAAGUUUAAUGGCUGCAAUGUUAAAGGACAUGAAUUUCUAGAGUAUAUUAAUCAAUACUUUGUGUUAUUUCAAUCAGACGAACUUCCUGAAGCUCAGACAAUUUUCGAUGCGACUGUUGAGAAGCAAAUGACGAUACUGGUCAAUGCCUGUUUUGAUAAUUACAAAGAAACUGUUUAUAGAAAUCGAGAUAUAAUUAAAAGUGAGAAUCAGAUCGACUUACUACAUGAUGCCAGUAAGAAUAAGGCACUGCUCGCAUUUAAUGAAGCCAAAAAGAUGGGAAACUCAAGUCACGAAGUUAAGUAUAAGCAAAUGUUGGAAUUAGAGAUUGACAAGCUUUAUGAAGAGUGGGGACAUCAGACAAAGGAAAGCAUGAAGAAGAUUGAAGAGGAAAUUGAAAAGACUCGAGUUGCACUGGAAGAAAAGCAGCGACUAGAACGUGAACAGCUUGAAAGCGAGAAAAAAGCAGUUGAAAGGCUGAUUGAGAUUGAAAAGCUUAAAUCAGAAAAGGAAAUUGAAAAAUUAAAAUAUUUGAAAGAAAUGGAAAUCAAACAACUUCAAUGGGAGAAUGAACAGAAAAGAUUCACAGCUGAGAAGGAACUUGAGCUUGAAAGAAUGAAAUAUGAGAAAGAAAUCGAGCACAAGACAUUUAUGGCUCAGCAAGAGAUGGAAAAACUGAAAUUAGAAAGUGAAAAUAACCGUUUAGCUGCCGAAAAGAUUGUGGAAAUUGAAAAAUAUAAAAUUCAAAAGGAAAUGGAGCAUCAAAAAUAUUUGAGAGACAUCGAAGCUAAUGAAGCAAAGGACAGACUUGAGCAACAACGUUUAACAGCAGAAAAUGCCCUAAAAUAUGAACUAUUAAAGAAAGAGAAAGAAGCUGAAUUCGAAAGAUAUGAAAAGAAUGAAGAAGUAGCAAAAGCAAGAUUGGAACUAGAAAGAGAACGCAUUAAUGCAGUCAGACUUGAAAAUUCGAGGAAUGAAGAAAUUAGAAAUAAAGUUGCAGCACAAGAAGAACUUGAAAAGAUGAAAUCAAGAGUUGCAGCAAGUGCUAAGAAGAAAAGUGAUAGGAAAGUUUAUAAAGUAAUUGUCGACAGUGAUUUAUCGGACAAUCCAGAUGAACAUCAAUAUGGAACUGAGGGCGGAAUUGAAUAUUUACAGCAAUAUUUGACAGUUGAAAGUAAUCAGCAAGAACAAUUAAAAUCCGUUAGAAGAUUCAUUUAUGAUUCAUUUGAGGAACUGUCUUGUUCAUUGAUGCCACAUCCAGGCAAAAUUGUUACCGGAUCAAGGAAAUUAAAAAAAUUAAAAUAUGACGGUAGACAUAAAGGAAUGGAUGAGGAAUUCAAAGACGAACUUGUUCAACUUAUUGAUCAUCUGUUAAAUCCUAAAAGACUAGUUCCUAAAAUCUUUAAUAAUAUCAAACUUAAUGGAUCAGAAUUUUUCACUUUCAUCACAAACCUGUUCAAAGUUUUCCAACUGCCAAACCUACCACAAGCUCAAACAAUCUUUGAAUCAACUGUUGAAAGACAAAUGAGAAAUUUAAUUGAUUCAAUUUUGAAUGAUUACAAACGUUCAGUUAAAGAAGAACUGAAUCUAGUCACAAACAGGUCAAUGAUUCAAAUUCUUCACGACAAAUAUAAAUUUAAAGCAAUUCUAAAAUUCAAUGAGACGAAGAAGAUGGGAACUGAUCAACAUCAUGCCAAAUUCAAGGACAUUCUAGAAUCCAGCAUCACCAAAGAGUUCAAUUUAUGGAAAUCACAAAAGGAAAAUUACUUCCAAGAACUUGACGACUUUCGAGAAAUUCAAGAAGCAAUUGAAUUAGAAAAAGUUGAGCAACUUGAAAUGGAUAAUCUACUUGCUCAUAUGAAAUUAAAAUUGAAUCAAUUGCAACAUGAAUUUAAAUUAAAAUCGGAAGAGAUAUUGAAGCUUGAAGCUAUAAAAAAAGAGAAAAAAAUCGCAGCACUUAGCCAAAAAAUGCACGAAGAGACUCUCAAUGAUCUAAGGCUUAAUGCACUGUUUGAAUUGAAUGAAAUAAAUCGAAAAAAAGAAAAUGAGUUGCAAAAGGUGAAAAGUAAGCAGGAAAGUACGGUCUACAUGACUUGUCGAAAGUGUAAAUUAAAGAUUAAAUUCAAUGAUCUUAAUAAUUAUUCUAAAAGUGGUCAUGAUCUUAUGUUUGAUAGUUGA